UCCCAAAAAGAUUGUUGCUGAAGAAGUUGGUGACUUCCGCCUUAUUAGCCUCGUCAGUAGUCUGAACAAAAUUUUGUCCAAGCUUCUGUUCUUGCUUCUUCAACCCUUCAUGAGACGGUUCAUUUCCUGCCAUCAGUUCGCUAGUCUGCGGCAUAGACAGAUUCAUGAAGCCGCUCUUAUUGCCAAUGAGCUGGUUGAUAGUAGACUGAGAAGUGGGCACCCGGAAAUCAACUUUUAAUUGGAUAUUGAGAAGGCAUUUAACUCCGUCAUCUGGAGUUGUCUGUUUAACACUUUGAAGAACAUGGGACUUUGCUAGUGGUUCUGUAAGUGGAUUAAGGGUAUUAUUAGUCACUCUAAACUGUCGCUGCUUGUCAAUGGCAAAGCAAGAGGUUUCUUUCAGAUGCAAAGGGGUUUGAAACUAGGGGACUCCCUUUCCCCCUUCCUUUGCAGUCUCAUUAUGGAUCUAUUGUCGUUUAUUCUUCAAAGCUCUCAUGAUUCUGGGCUUAUCGAGGGUUUUUUCAUGGAUGAUUCUAAUAGAGUGGAUGGAGUUAAUCACCUCCUUUAUGCUGAUGAUGCCAUUGUUUUUUGUGACGCGACGAAGGAAGUUGUCUUCAACUUUGCUGCUGCGUUGGUUUGGUUCCAAACCAUCACUGGCCUUAAGGUGAACUUCGGGAAAAGUUUUUUGUUCCCAGUUGGUGAGAUUGCUAAUGUGAAUCGCAUGGUGGAGAUUCUGGGUUGCGAUUCGAAGUUCCUUCACACUGAGUAUCUCGACCUACCUCUAGGGGCUCAUCCCACUUCUAAUGGUAUAUGGAACAAAGUCAUUGACAAGGUGGAGUGUAGGGUGGCUGGUUGGAUGGGGAAGUAUUUGUCCAUUGGUGGAAGGGUAACCUUAUGUAUUUCUGUGCUUGCUGCUGACACGCUACGACACAACACCUAACAAUGGCCAAGUGUAACCAAUAGAAGGGACUGCAGUAUAGUGGUGCAAGUAAUAAAUAUCGAAUCCUCGGGUCUAUGUACUAUUACUCAGCUUUAGUUCAUUAUCUAGCAUAUCAGAUUAAGGAUUGAUUAACUAAACUAAGUAAAACUACUAAUUACAUUUUGGAAACUCACUUAGGUAUGAUUCCCCCUAGCUCCUCAAUUAGGUCCAAGUUGUAGUUCCUUUUGGUUGUUUUACUGUUGAUUAAACUGCGAAAGAUCCUAAAUUAGCUUGGAAUCUCUUAAGUUGACCAAGCCCUCUUAGACAGAAUACCCGGCAGGCGACUACCUUCGCCGGGAUAGACUGCUAAGGCGAUUAACACAGAUAUCCACUACUGGAAUGAAUUCCAGUACAAAGCAGUGAAUUGACUGACUCUCGCACAACCAAUUCACUACUAUCAAUCAAGGAAGCUCUCUUAACCUAAUCAGAUUCUAUCUAUCAAAGGUUAAAGCAGAAAUCAAGAGAAUUUUAUCAGGAUUCAAUUGACUCAAUACAUCAUGCCUCAAUCGAUUAUAAUCACACAAUAUAGCAUCCAAAACUUCAUUCAAGAAAGAUCGUAACAUAUGGAACUAGGGUUCCUCACAACCUAAGUGAAGGAAAAUUACUCCAUAGAGAAGAGAGAGAUUGUAGAAAUCUGAUCUAGAUCUUCAAUUUCCAUCUCCAAGCUUGAUUCUUGAGCUUCAAUGGUGAAGAAAUCCUCCAAAAUAGCUCCAAGAAUGUCUCUAGAUUACCCUCUCUCUCUUUGGAUCGUCCCUUGGGUAUUUGGAUCCAAAACCGAGCUCUCCCUCUCCUAAAACCGCAAAACAGCUUUUAUACCCGUUGAAACUCGCACCCCCUACUUGCACGGCCGUGAAAAUUUAUUUUUUGGCCGUGCAAACCCCCUGAGAAACCCACACGGCCGUGCAGAAUUUCACACGGCAGUGCCCAAUUUCCAGCAUGCACACCUAAGCUUCGGUGAUCUCGUUUGAGCUCGUUUGACCUCCGAUUCAGGUGCUGUUUGAUCCAAGAUGCUCGUAGUCUUGUCCUCUUUCUUUUCCUGACAAGCUUUCAUGAUUCUUUUUCAAUAAAAUGAGGUAUAAAUCCAUUCUACCUCAAGUCAUUGCCGAGUUUCUCACCCCGAGUCGCCAAUUGAUCUCCUCUUGACUUGAAACUUGCGCCUAGGAUUCACUUUACAUGCUAGGACCUGAAAUGUGACAAAGGAACACAACCUAGCGUAAAAUAGUCCAAGAAAUCAAAAAAUCAAGCCAAAAUGAUCAAGAAACGAGGGUGCAAACAUCUGCAAAUACGACGUUAUCAAGUUCCCCCACACUUAACCGUUUGCUUGUCCCAAAGCAAACCUGACUCAAACCAAUGCAACUCUCCAGACCUUUAUAGAAACAUGCAACCGCAAUUGGUGGUAGAGGACGUUCUAAGUCAUUUAGCCGCUUACGAGGUCAACCAACGCACAAGACACCUCCUAGCUUCUUCGCCGAGAACUCUAGACCCGAGUCGGGAUCAUGCCAAGUAGUGAUCAGAGGACAAGUGAUUCGUGACAAAGAGACUCUGAAAAACAGAAAGGUCAUGGACUCACUUUUUUAGGUGCUCUAUUUUUUUCCUUUUAAAGAUGGUUGGAACCCCUUUUUUCUUUUUCUUUGUUUUGUUGUUUGUUUUUUUCCAAGGGUCCUAACCUGUUAUUUCCAGAAAACUGGGCUCCCACCUAUUAACGGUUUUGAGGGAGCCCGGCUCUUACUGGCCAUGCCAAGAGCAGCUCCUACCGGCCAUGCCGGGAGCAGAUGUCUCGAGCCUCGUGCGGGCGAAAGAAAUGUAAGGGGUAGUA